UCCCCCCUUCACCCCCCGCAAACCCCCUCCCCCAAGCCCCCCACCGCCCCCUCCGGGGAUAUCUCGGCCGGAUCUCGCCCAAUCUCGACGCCGCCAGCUGCUACCGGCCAGGAGGCGGAGACGACCGCGGACGAGGACGCUCGGAAGAAUCCCUCUAAGCGUUCGACGAAUUGAUCCGGUUAGGGCACGCCUCCGGGGAGAUCUUCUCUCGCUCCCUGACGCUUUCUUCUCAUCUCUUGUUCCCCUAUCUCUCCUGUAGUUAUGGACAGCUCUGAAUAUGGUGGCAGAAGUUGUUGGGGCAGUCAUAGGUUAGCUAUUUGUAUGGACAAUGAUGGAGAAGGGGAAGCUGUAUGUGCUAACUCUGAUGGAAAAGAAGUAGACAAACAUGGGGAGUCAUCUGAUGUUCUUAAAUGUGGGGAGGUGUCUAAAGUAUUAUUGGGGCAGGUUGUACAUAGUGAGGAGGAGGCUUAUAGCUUGUGUUGUGACUAUGGGCAUCGCAUGGGUUUUAGUGUGCGAAGAGGAAAGCAGUAUUACUGGUUGGGGACCAAAAAUAUUCGCUCGAAGGACUAUUAUUGCUCAAAAGAAGGGUUUAAGAACGAUGAGUAUCCUAACGAGUCAAGUUAUAGCAAGCUAGAUACAAGAACUGGUUGCAAAGCAAUGAUCCGCUUUAUGGUUGAUGAGGAUGGGCAAUGGAAGGUGACGAAGUUGGUCGAUGAGCAUAAUCAUGACUUGGCCAAGCCUGAAGAAAGGCAUCUGUUGAGAUCCAUGCGGUCACCUACAGGUGCAAAAGCUAGUGUACUAGAUUCAAUGAUGAAUGCUGGAAUUCGAACAAUCAAUACCUAUUCCUAUAUGGUUGAAGAAAGUGAUGGUGCUGAAAAUUUAGCAGGAGAUCUUCAAAGCUUGGUAAGCCAUUUCAAGCGUAGAGCUAAUCAGGAAGGCAUGUUUUAUUGGGAUAUGCAACUUGAUCAAGAGGGUCGGGCUUGCAAUUUUUUUUGGAGGGAUGGUAGAUCAAGAGUUGAUUAUGACUGUUUUGGUGAUGUUGUUGUGUUUAACACUACUUAUCGCACAAAUAGAUAUAAUCGUAUCUGUGUGCCAUUUGUUGGAGUUAAUCAUCAUUGGCAGAAUGUGAUAUUCGGAUGUGCAUUCUUAUUAGAUGAGACGACUGCAUCCUUUAUAUGGCUUUUUAAGUCUUUCUUGAAAUCAAUGGGUGAUCGACCUCCCAAAACAAUUUUUACUGAUCAAAAUCAAGCUAUGACAAAUGCAAUUACAGAGGUAUUUCCCAAUACACGACACCGCCUCUGCUUGUGGCACAUUUACAAGAAUGCUCCCUCUCAUUUGGGUAAUCUCAAUUUUGAUCAGAAUUUUCAUAAAUUGUUUAACAAAUGUUUACAAGGGUGUGAUUCUGAAGAAGAGUUUGAAGAAACAUGGGGCAAGAUGAUUUCUAAGUACAAUGUUCAAGACCAUGAAUGGCUUAAUAAUCUGUACAAGAUCCGUGAGAAGUGGUGUACAGCUCUUAACAAGGACACUUUCGAUGGUGGGAUUAAAUCAUCUCAAAGGAGUGAGUCAACAAACAACUUUUUGAAUGGAAUAGCCGACAAGUCAACUUCUCUUACAAAGUUUGUAGUUGCAUUUGAGAAAUUGGUUAAUGGUUGGAGAAGAAACGAAUCUGAGGAGGACUUCCGUUGUAAUCAAAGUGCUCCUACCCGUAUUAUUAAGCACAGUGAAAUUUUGAAGCAUGCUUCCAAAACGUUUACACACAAGAUUUACAAAUUAUUUGAGAAAGAGUAUCUUGAUGGCUGUGGUGCGACAUCAUCAUCCCAAGAAAUUUCACUUGGUGGUACUUUAUACAAAUUUGAGUUGAUGAUGCAAGGAAGGGGUUCAAAAGUUUGGACAGUCAUGUUUGACACAUCUACAUCGGAGGUCAGUUGCAGUUGUAGAAAAUUUGAGACAAUGGGUCUGCUUUGCUCACAUGCACUAAAAGCAUUUAGCGUUAAGAAUGUGCAAAGAAUCCCCGAAAAGUAUAUUUUGAAACGGUGGACAAAAGAUGCAAGAAAAAGAGUGUAUAGUUUCAAUGAAGAGGGGUCAUCAAAAAAGAAGUGCACUGAGGUUGAGUUAAUAUAUCAUAAUCAAGCAAUGCGAUAUGCUUAUAACCUUGUCAUGAAAAGCCAAGGACAUGAGGGAGCUAGGAAAAUUCUGUGGGAUACUUUUGAUCUUGCAGAUGCAGAACUUGAUAAAUUCUUUGCUAAGUUAAGCUUGGAUGGCCAUUCAGCAGUCAAAGAUGAUCAAGCAAAUGAUUAUGAUAAGGAGGCUGAAAUGGUUGAUGAUGAUGAUGAUGAUGAUGAAUACCCUGUGUUAGACCCUCCUUAUUUGAGACCUGAAGGAGAAUCCACAGAGAAGCUUAAAGAGCAUUUUGAAAAGCAGAAGAAAUGUUCAUCAAGAAGAGGGAAGAGAAAAGUUAAAGAAGCAGCUGGAUCCUCCUCACAUUUGGAAAAUACUACCAAAGAUGGUAGCCAACGUCUUCGCUGCUUAUUCCCUGCCCCGCCAAGCCAUUUUCCAUUUGCGAACCCAUUUGCACCUUCAAACUUUUAUCAAGUGCAGCCUUCAAGUUUAGGGUCCACAAGUACUUUUUACAUGCAUAGUUAUACAUUACCAAUGCCCUCACAGAGUUCUAAAAUUACCUGGGGCAUGGAUGGGUCAAAUAUUCCAUUUACAAGUAUGGUACAUGGUGUUAAUUUUGCAAAUAAUCUGAACCAGGAGUCGUCAAGCCAUGCACGGAGGCAUAGGUCUGCAAUAAGCCAGCCACCUGCUGUAAAGUCUGCUGCAUCACGGGAGGAGUUGGGUUCUGAACACCAGAGAAGGACAUCAUCUGGAGAGGCAUAAAAACUGAAUACAUGUAGUUGAUUUUUAGUAGUUUCUAAUCAUGUGGAAUUAUGAGUAGGUGCUUAUCAUGUGUAGUUUUGACAUGUAAUUUUUUACUACCUCUAUGUAGCACACUCCAGCAAGAAUGGUGUUGUCUGGAUAGUACUUUUCCUCCUGCAUAUUUGGUGAUAGAGAAGUCCGCAUUUGUUCCGUUCACCUUCUCCAGUUUUCUUUGAUUUAUUUCUGAUAGCCGAAUAACUGUAUUUUAUGCUUCAGGUUUGGAGAAAUUCUAAGGAUUUCUCAAGGUACCUUGGCAUUUCUUACAUAACAUGGAUUCUGUAUUUUUGUACCGCUUCUUAUUUUGGUGGCUUGUACCACUCCUUACAUAACAUGGAUUCCUUCGCAGUUACAGGCCUCGAAAGAUCCAAUUUAAUACCAAUUCUUGUAAAUAUCGGCAGGGAAGAAGGAGAGACCAUGGUUUUUUGGUGUCUUUUUCUUGGCAGAGCUGGCUGGAGAUGACUCAAGGACUGUGGGGGUCAUUUCUCUGUUUAUAUAAGUGCUGGGUAGAGAGAAUAGAAAUGAGAAUAACGCUAGUUUAUUGAAGAUAGCACUGGGACUGACUUAGAGUGUGAUUCGGACACUAUAUUCCUGUUACUGCGGUACAUAGCCCUUUCCUCUUCUUCUUUCAA